AAGCAAAUUGCUAACUGAGGUAAAAGUCCAUAGACUGAUCAAGAAUGUGACAAAUAGGGAUAUCUAUAUGUGUUCGUGGAGCAGGUGAAACUAAAACCAGAAACACUGUCACAAAUUUCAAAUUCCUCCUCCAUCUCCAUCAUCCAUUUCCAUUAAGGAGUAGAUACUACAAGUUGAAGGGGUCAGUUUUAGCCAUAAGAGGCAUAUAGUGAAAGUAGGGGGAUUUGGUAGAAGAGCAGUUGAUAUAAUUGCAUGAUCUAUCUUUUUCUCUCCAUGUAUAAAGAUAUGUGUAUAUAUAGAGGAAUUGCUUCAAAGGAAUAUCGCAAAGCAAUCUCCCGAAGAAGAGAGUUUUAGUACCUUUUGCAGUUGUUAAUGGCUUCAAUCAAGGUGCUUUUCAGUCUCAUAGCAUUUCCUUUUCUGUCUUGCUCUCUGCUAGAAGCUUUUCCGGGUUCUGGAUAUGGUCGAGGUGGAGGCAGCUACUUGGGGCUUACCCCGGAAUUCUACGAUUAUUCAUGCCCACAAGCUAAUGAGAUUAUAAUGUCUGUAUUAGAAAAGGCCAUUUCAGAAAAUCCCAGAAUGGCUGCCUCUUUGCUGAGACUCCACUUUCAUGACUGCUUUGUGCAGGGCUGUGAUGCAUCGAUCCUACUAGAUGAUAGUGACGCAAUAGUUAGUGAAAAGAAUUCUGGACCAAACAAGAAUUCCAUAAGGGGAUUUGAAGUGAUUGAUGAGAUCAAGGCCAAACUGGAAGCAGUAUGCCCUCACACAGUUUCAUGUGCAGACGUUCUGGCCCUUGCUGCUCGGGAUUCCAUCGUAUUAAGUGGUGGACCGCAUUGGGAAGUGCCAUUAGGAAGAAGAGACUCAAAAACAGCAAGUCUCAGUCGAUCAAACACUGAUAUUCCUGCUCCAAAUUCCACCAUCCAAACCCUCGUAACACAGUUCAAGCGCCAAGGUUUGGGCGUCGAAGAUCUUGUCGCUCUUUCGGGAGGCCAUACAAUUGGGGUGGCAAGAUGUGUGACAUUCAGACAAAGGCUAUACAAUCAAAACGGGAACAACCAACCAGAUACCACUUUAGAGAAAACCUACUACAACGGCUUACAAAAAAUCUGCCCUAAAGUUGGUGGAGAUAAUAACAUUUCACCACUGGAUUUUGCAUCCCCUGUUAAAUUUGAUAACACAUACUUCAAGCUCAUAUUAUGGGGCAAAGGGCUUCUCAAUUCCGAUGAAGUUCUGCUGACUGGAAACAUGCACCAAACCAUGGAGUUAGUUAAAAGCUAUGCAGAAGAUGAGGCUCUUUUCUUCCCCAAAUUUGUAAAAUCCAUGGUCAAAAUGGGGAACAUUAGUCCUCUUACUGGUUCAAAAGGUGAAAUAAGGAAGAAUUGUCACCUACUGAACUGAAAAUUUAUUCAGCAUCUUUAGAUGAAGUAUGUUAUAUGACUUAUUGUAUGGUUUCAGUUUUCUUUCUGCAAGUAAAUUUUUGUAUUUAAGUUGGUAAUGAAUCAAUCAAACAUUUGGAAGUUA